CCUAAUUUAGCCCUCAAUGCGCCUCCCGUUGUGAUUCAGAGCGAGCACUGUAAUAUUUCCUGACAGUCGGGACGGGCGCAAGCAGAGCAUCGAAGCUCACAGUGGGAGAAGUUUUCUUUAAUUAUAUGUCAAGUUUGUUUUAUCUAAUUAUAUUAGUUAAGUAGAUAUCAAAGGUCAGUGAUUUUGUUUAAAUAAUUUGCAAUGAAGAAUUCGGAAGCUGGCACAAUAACAUUUUUUUCUUGAGUAGUCAUCAGACUAAAUGACUUACACAACCCAAACCUAAAUGAUCCCUUAUUAAAAUUCAGCACACUGCUCGCGAAUCGGUUAUCGAAUCGGAAACUCGUGCCGGGGACUUUCCGUGAAAUUUCCGUCGCGCGAGACCCACAGCCACUGCGCAUGCAGUCGGGACAGGUGCUGGCUGGCAGAAUCCAUCUUCCGAGGAGAAAAGAGGCUCUCCCACUCUAACAUACUCUCACUCACUGACUCAGUGAUACGAGGAGACACUAGGAGUGCGGACAGCGAUGUAUGUGUGAGUCGGACAUCCUGACAUUCUCUCUUGCGCUGUAAAAGGAGUACUAAUGGCGUGGAGGCAACUGGCUCUGUUUCUGGUGCUGGUCCUUUGCCCCGAGGAUGGAUCAGCCGCCAAGAAGGUGAAGAAGGGCAAACAGGUCAUCUGCCCCUCGCAGCUGUCAGCCGAGGAUUUGGAUCGAGUCCCUGACAAUUCAACCAGCAAUAUCCUCAACAGACUGCUUGUUACGUAUGACUCCCGCAUAAGGCCUAACUUUAAAGGUAUACCAGUAGAGGAUAAAGUGAACAUAUUCAUCAACAGUUUUGGAUCGAUUCAGGAGACCACAAUGGACUACCGGGUGAACAUCUUCCUCAGGCAGCGGUGGAAUGACCCUCGGCUCCGUCUCCCUACUGACUACAAGUCUGACUCCCUGACAGUGGACCCAAAGAUGUUCCAGUGCUUAUGGAAGCCCGACCUGUUCUUCGCCAACGAGAAGAGUGCUAACUUCCACGAAGUGACACAGGAUAACAUUUUACUUUUCAUCUUCCGCAAUGGAGAUGUACUCGUCAGUAUGAGGUUAUCUAUCACUCUUUCUUGUCCACUGGCCUUGCAACUGUUUCCAAUGGAUACCCAACGCUGCAAGAUUCAGCUGGAGAGCUUUGGAUACACCACUAAGGACCUGGUGUUCAUGUGGCAGUCUGGGGACCCAGUGCAAAUGGAUGAGAUUGCUCUGCCUCAGUUUGAUGUCAAACAGGAGGACAUUCGGUAUGCCAACUGCACCAAGUUCUACCUUGGCACAGGUCACUACACGUGUGUGGAGGUGAUCUUCACCCUGCGUCGGCAGGUGGGCUUCUACAUGAUGGGUGUGUACGCGCCCACACUGCUCAUCGUGGUUCUCUCCUGGCUGGCCUUCUGGAUCAACCCCGAUGCCAGCGCCGCCCGCGUGCCCUUAGGUAUCCUCUCUGUUCUGUCCCUGUCCUCUGAGUGUACACAAUUAGCGUCAGAGCUGCCGAAGGUCUCCUAUGUGAAGGCCAUUGAUGUCUGGAUGAUGACCUGCCUGUUCUAUGGAUUUGGCUCUCUGAUUGAGUACGCGGUUGUCCAGGUGAUGCUGAAUAGCCCAAAGCAGAUUGAGAAAGAGAAAAUCAGAAUGUCAAAGAAAGAGAAAGAGAAAGAGAAGAAAGAGGCAAAGAAGACCCCCUCCAAAACCCCCAACACUAUCAAUGGCACAGGGGGCACCCCUAUACAUGUCGUCAGCACACUGCAGGUUGUGGAGACCCGUUGUAAGAAAGUGUGCACCUCGAAGUCGGACCUGCGCUCCAAUGACUUCAGCAUAGUUGGUUCGCUACCUCGGGAUUUCGAGCUGUCCAACUUCGACUGCUAUGGAAAGCCCAUAGAGGUCAACAAUGGUCUUGGCAAAUCGAAGAACAAGAACGUCAAGAAACCCGCGGCUCCUAAACCUGUCAUCCCGUCAGCAGCCAAGCGCGUAGACCUGUACGCCCGAGCCCUCUUCCCUGGCAGCUUCCUCUUCUUCAACGUCAUCUACUGGUCUGCGUACCUGCAUGCAGGCACAUGAACAAGUCAGCAAACAUACCCCUCCAAUCUGUGUGUGUGUGUGUGUGUGUGUCUGUGUGUGUGUGUGUGUGUGUGUGUGUGUGUGUGUGUGUGUGUGUGUGUGUGUGUGUGUGUGUGAAAGAGGUUUUGGUUUCACCUCAGCACAGCACCUACGUAAAACAUAUUGGUUCAGAUAACUUUGUUUGUUUGAUUUGGUUUAUACUCUAACCUGGAUAAGAAAACCAACACCUGCCAGCUUUCUGUUAUUGGAGGUUUCCGUCCUCUUGAUGUAACAGCUGACUUUGUGGAGAAGUGCUGUGGCACUGGAGAUGUGUUGCGUGUGGAUAUCCCUGAAGGUAAUCCUUCAAAACUGGACGGGGCCUUUAAUGCAAGUACUGCCGAACUGUCAUCAAACCACGCCAGGGAGAGGAGCCGCCAGCCGUGGGACUGUCUGUGUCCGUGUGGAUUUCCUCUCAACGCACUGUAGUAGUCCUCCAAGCUGUGUCUGUGUAGUCAAAACGGGGAGUUUUUAUAGGGCAAUGUGCAUCCUCUGCUCUGCUCUGUCUCUCUGUUUCUCUUGAAUAUGUCUUCCCAGUGCUCAAGUUUCCCAGUAUUCCAGUUGAAUUUUGACAGCAUAACUGCUGAAGGUGUGUGUAUGUGUGCGUGUAUGUGUGAGUGAUUGUAAUUAGCAUCUGAACUGCUUCAAAGCAAAAGAACCAACAUCAGGAUUGCUGUCUGUGUGCGUGUGCGCGCGUGCAUGUUUGUGUGUGUGUCUGUGUGCGUGUGCGUGUGUGUAUGUUUGU